UCCUGCUUGUUUUGUUCUGCAAACCACAAGAUACCGGAAUUUUAUGGGUUUUUUUUUCAGCAGAGGAAAACGUUUCGACAAACUAAACCUUACUUUGUAAACAGUCAUUACAAGAGAUAAGGGAUAUUUUAUUCGUUGUAUCAGAUGCAAUGGACUUAAGACUGCUAAGUGGCCUGUUUCAGCGCGACCGAUUGAUAACGUUUGACUUUGGGCACUUCCAUUGAAAAAACUUUUUAUUUAUUUAAAUGGCUUCAAGUGGUGGAUCUGGAGGGAGAUCACCUCAAAAGCUACGAGAAUUAGUUAACUCUAGUAAGUUUGACAGUGUGGAAUUUCCUGAAGAAAUGAAAGCAAAUCUGGAAAAGCUAAGAGCACUGUCAAAAGAUGAUUUAUCAGAAAAUGGAUUACUGCGUUCCCGCAUUGAUCAGCAGUGUGAACUGAUAUGCAUUCUAAAACAGCGUGCAGACGAAUCUCUGAAGAAGUGCAUGACUCUUGAGGAAGAAAACAGUGAGCUUAAAAAACACAGAGAUGAAAUAUUGACUGCUUUACAUAAUGAAACAAGAAAGUUUGCUGUGAUGGAGAAAAGAUUCUUUGUGCUUAAUAAGAAUCAUGAGGAACUUAUUAAAAUAAAGGAUGAAUACAAAACUGAGAAUGAAAAAUUACGGAUGGAAAACACUAAUCUGAGGAGGGAAAAUGAAGGACUUUUUGGAAGCCUUGUGCAAGAGCGAGAUGCACAAAUUAAGCAACUAAGAGAUGAGUUGAAAAGUCUCCAUGAUGAAUACCAAGCUGCAAGGGAAAAAGAAAGGAUAGCAUUGGGAAAUCUGUCUGCUAUGGAAAAGAAGCAUUGUGAACAGACUGAAAAACUUCAGCAAGAAAUCAAAGUUUUGCAGAAAGAGGCAGAAGAGCAGCAUAGGAAGUCAGAGGAAAAGUUAAAAAUGUCCUCAAUAGAGAAAGAUGAAACUCAAGCAAAGGUAUUGGGAUUGGCCAAGGAUAGAGAUGAGUUUGCAAAACUGGCUUUAGAAAGAGGGAAAGCUUUAGAAGAAAAACAAAGAGAAAUGAAAGAGAUUUGUCAGAAACUAGAAGAGACUGAAAGAUCACUGAAAGAGACUGAAGAUAAGUUUGUGUCUGAAUUACGCAGCAUGUCUGUGAAUGCACAAGUUCUAAGACUCAAAAAACAGCUUGAAGACUCCGAGAGAAGACAAAGGGAAAGUGCAAAGGAGCACGAUGCAUAUAAACGACAUAUGUCCACCUUGUUGGGAAAGGAGAAGGAACUGAAUAACAAGCUCAGAGUUCUUAUUGGUUAAAAUGUUUCGGAUUCAGUCAUCACGUUCAUGGGCUCGGCGUGACAGAUGUACGAAAGGCACCAACACGUGCACAUCGAUCGCAUGACAGAAUAAAGUCAGGCGUAUAAUUAUAACCUUAAAUUUGGCUGAGGUAGUAAUUAAAGUAUUGAAAUGGCUGUGUAUUACUAUGAGUAGUUUGUCUCUAUUUGGUGGAUUCAGAUCGUAGCUGUCUAUCACUUGUUUCGAUUCCUCUCAUCCGAUGAUGUACAGUGUACUCAGGCUGUGUUGGAUUAGCUGUGAGGGUAGAGACUCGCUACUGCGUCUUAGUCUCGAUUUCUAAGAAUAACUUUCUUCUUCCACAUUUUUGUUAUUGGAUUAAUUUUCUGCAUAUUGUGACUUUCUUUAGUAAAGAAUGGUGUUGUCUCAUA